CUCCAAGAUGGCGGCGCCCAGCAGAUGUGACGCCUGAGAACCAGCAGCGGAGGCGCGCCCCGGCCCGGGCCAUGAGGCGGGCGGCCUGCUCCGCGUCGGCGGCUGGCAGCAGUCAGGCUGCCAGGGGAAAAGGCGGAGGAAGACAACCGCAGAAGAAGCAGCCGCCGGUCGGGAAGCUCCACAAACUGGGGCUGGCGGUGAGGGAGUUUGUGGAGGCGGCGGCGGGGUCGGAAGGCGGCGGGUCCUCCGGGUCUGCUCGGCAGCCGGCGUGGAGCGGCCGCAAGAACCGACGGGACGUGAGGCGAGAGAAGCGCAAGCUGAAGCGCGGGCGGCGGCGGCGGCUCCUGAGCGGCAAGGGGGAAGCGAAGAGCCCGCUCCCCUCCCGGGCAGCUCCCGCUGGAAAGAAGACCCCGCCGCCACCGGAGGAGGAGGAGAAGGAAGGACAGCAGCAGCAGCUACCGCCGGCGAAGGCCCAGGCGGCGGCGAAGCCGCUCCCGGUCGCUCCCUCCGCUUCGGCCGCGGCGCGCAAAAGAGCCCUGCUGGCUGCCAACGAGGCGGAGGAGCGGGAAAUACAUCGCUUGGAGCGGCAGCUGGGCCUCCACAAGCGCCGCAGGAAGCGGCGAAGGCCCGGCCAGGAGGGGGCGGCGGCGGCGGCGGCGGCGGCGGCAUCCCUGCCACAGAGCUUCGCCCGGGACGGGCUGGAUUACGUGCUGGGAGCGCUGAAGUCCGAGGCCGCUUUCUCGGGCCUCUACGAGAGCGGCGAGGAGGAGGAAGGAUGCCUGAGCCCGGGAGAAGAGGGCGAGGACGAGGACGAGGGCGAGGCGGGAAGCUCGGGAGACCCUAGCCCGGAGGAAGGAGAAAGUGAAAGUGAAGACGGGGAAGGGGAGUCCCCUGGCUGGGGAAGCCCGGAGGCUGCAGCCGAGGACCCCGCAGCUCCCAAGGGGUCAAAGGGGAAUCCUAGCCAGGAUGCUGCAAAGUAUGUGCCACCUCAAAUGCGAAUGGCUGAAGAGACAAUAGAUGCCAAAAAGAGAGAAGAAUUAGAAAGGCUAAAGAAAUCAGUGAAAGGUCUAAUUAAUAGGCUGAGUGAACCAAAUCUAGCUUCGAUAAGCGGGCAGUUGGAAGACCUGUAUAUGACGAACAGUAGAAAAGAUAUGAAUGAAACAUUAACAGAUACUCUUAUCUGUGCUUGUGUUAUGGAAUCAACAGUCCCUUCCAAGCUGCUCUUGGAGCAUGUUCUUUUGGUCAGUGUUCUUCAUCAGACUGUGGGAAUUGAGGUUGGUGCUCACUUUUUGGAAACGGUGGUGAGGAAAUUUGAUGACGCCUACAAAAGUGAAUCUGAAGGGAAAGAAUGCGAGAACCUACUUACCUUAAUUGCUAAUUUGUAUAACUUUUAUGUAGUGCAUUCAUUGCUGAUCUUUGACAUCUUAAAGAAGCUUGUUAGCCCUUUUUCUGGAAAGGAUAUUGAACUAAUUCUGCUGCUGUUGAAGAAUGUGGGCUUUUCUUUGAGGAAAGAUGAUGCUCUGGCACUGAAAGAACUUAUCACCGAGGCCCAGAAGAAAGCAAAUGCAGUAGGGAAACAAUUCCAGGACCAGUCAAGGGUUUGCUUUAUGUUGGAGAUUAUGUUGGCGCUGAGAAAUAAUGACAUGAGGAAAAUUCCUGGUUAUGACCCAGAGCCAGUUGAAAAAUUACGAAAGCUGCUGAGAACACUGACUCACAAUAGUUCUGGAAAAGAAUCUCAACUUCGUGUGUCGUUGGAGUCUCUCCUCACAGCUGAUCAAGUUGGCCGCUGGUGGAUUGUGGGAUCCUCUUGGAGUGGUGCUCCAAUGAUUGAAAGCACCAGCAACAAAAUUGAACAAAUACUGCCUGUGGGAAAGGUAAGCUCAAAGAUUCUGAAGCUUGCUCGUAAGCAGAGAAUGAAUACUGAUAUCAGGAGAAAUAUAUUUUGUAUCUUGAUGACAAGUGAAGAUUUCUUGGAUGCCUUUGAAAAUCUUUUAAAGCUUAGGCUUAAAGAUCAGCAGGAGAGAGAGAUUGUCCAUAUCCUCAUAGAUUGUUGCCUGCAAGAGAAGAUUUACAAUCCCUUCUACGCAUAUUUAUCUGCCAAGUUCUGUGAAUAUGAAAGGCGAUUUCAGAUGACAUUCCAGUUCAGUAUGUGGGACAAAAUCAGAGAUCUGGGAAAUCUGUCUGCUGCUGCUUUCUCCAACCUAGUUAAUCUCUUGACUCACCUGCUGAAGACUAAAUCGCUCUCUCUCACUGUCUUCAAGGUGGUUGAAUUCAGUGAAUUAGAUAAGCCAAAAGUUCACUUCCUGCGACAGGUGUUAUCUGCAUUAUUCCUAAAAGCAGAACAAGAAGAGCUCAACCAUAUCUUUGGAAAGUUGGCUGACAAUCCCAAGUUGGGAAUGCUACAUGAAGGCUUGAAACUUUUUCUUACUCAUUUCUUGAUGAAAAAUAUUCAAGCUUCCACAUGUGUUAAAGAAAGUGCUUUACUGAAAGAGAAAAUUGAAGUAGUAACUAAAGCACUGAAAGCAAAAGAAUCAAAACUGAAAUUAUAAUAUCAAGUAUAUAUUAUCGAGUCUUCUUUAUGAAAAACAGACAAAAUAUUUGUGAAAUGUGAUGGUUGUUCUAUAGAGAUACUUCACAAAAAUUGUGGAGCUCAUUAAGGUUUGAUAUUCAAACUAUUGUGCUUGAUUUAGAAAUAUUUGCAUAUAUAAAUGCUGGUAUUUUAAAAUAAUUAUUUUAUAAAACACAAGACAAAAUCGCCAAUGAACAUUGGGAGAAUUUUGAAAAAAUAAAAUUAUAUUUCAAAUGUA